UCUGGUCCUAAGUAGUACUGAAAAAGUAUGCACGGAAUAGGUGCUCUCACGUGUAUUAUGUUGUGUUUAUAGCGGCUCGAGUAAAUUAUUACGUAUUGCGUUUUGUUACAUAAACUAGUGCAACUUUUGUCACUUGAUUCACGAAUAAGAUAAACGUCAUGUCAGAUAAUCAUGACAAAGCACAAUAAUAACAAGUACUAAUAAUAAACAAAAGAACAAAGAUAUUUACCGAAUGCUAUCAGGCAACAUGAGUGAUUCCGACGAUGACAGUUCCGACAGCAGCAGCGAUUUCUAUAGCAAAGCUUUCACGUCCAAAGAUGAGCUCACCGCGAGCUUUUUCUCCAUAAAACCGGCAAAGCUUAGUCAGGUGGAAUCAAAAGACAACAAGGAUGACAACGACGAUGACGACGAUGACGACGACGAUUUCAUGAAUGUUACCGAGAACAAUGAACUGUUUUCUGAGGUUGUCAAGAAUUUAGAGGCUACGCAAAGAAUUCUGGUCAAAAAUGAAGAUCCGAAACAACACUCCUCCAAAGAUAACAGCUCCCAGGAUAUCAAGGGAACAAAAACCGAUAUAAAAAUGAGAAACAUAUCAGAUGAGAUAAAUGCAGUCUUACUGCAAGGAGAAAGUGGAGCAUAUCAGUUUAGCAAGAACGAUGAGGAUACAGAAAAUGAGGAGGAUGUUAAACGCCCAGCUGACUAUACUAUACCUAAGGAAGGUGUUAAAAUAACCCUGCCAGGCACAAGUAUGUUCCUCAAAAAGAAAGCCAGCAAAAAGGAGUCAGAUUUGGCUGCGAUUCUACGAAGGAAAUUAAAAGCUAAUCAGGUACUUGUGGAGAAAGUAAGCAGACUCUGUUGGUUGGCACAUGGAUUCUACCUGAAUCGUCAAGCCAAUGAUCCUGAGAUAAUGACAACAGUAGUAUCGCUGGUUCCAACAAACAGCUAUCCAAAAGACAAGUUUGAUCUCGUAUACUUAGAAAAAUUCACAAAGUGGUUCAGAAAUAUAUUUACUGUAGAAUCUAUUGACAACGACAUCACCGUAAAUAAAGUAACAUUAUUAAAGAGGAUAGCAGAAAAGAAAAUUGUUAAUUAUAGGGAAUUGAUAGUACUAUAUGUAGCGGUACUAAGAGGUAUUGGUUUAAACUGCCGUUUAAUCGUAUCUCUCAAUCCACCACCUGUAAAAGCUUACGCCGACCUGUUGCCUAAAAUAAAUGCUCCCAAGAAAACUGAUCAAGCUAAGGAGAAGCCAAGAGAAACUAAAACAAAGGCAAAGUCCUCUAAGUCCUCUUCCUCCAAGGAAGAUAUCAAGAAAACAGAUCCGAAGAAAGAUAAUGACGUAAUUCAGAACAGUGACAGCGCACGGAAAAACGCUAAUCUAACGGCAAGAAAAAAAGCGGCAGAGGUUCUCCGUUCCAAAUAUGCGUACAAUAAAAAAGACAAGGAUAAAUUGAACAACAGUAUUGCCCAAAGUAAUACUGCUGAAGUCAGAGACGAGAAAGCAACUUCCACUAGUGUUCAAAAAGCAGACCUCGUUACAUCUUCAAGAAAUUUAAGGUCUGGCAAGCUAUCCACGGCUGGAUCUUCAACAGCUAAACAACGAAGUAAUAGGAACAACAGCUUAGAAAAUAAUCAAUCUAAAACGUUAAGUUCCAAGAGAAAAACGCAGACCAAUCAUUCUGACUUGAGCUCAGGAGAAGAAAAGGGAGAAAAAGAAGAAAUAACUAACAAAGCAAAAAAGAAACGAGUUGAUAGCAAUAAAACGCGGACCGUCACUAAAUCUAAAAAGAAAAACGAGAAGAAAGAGUCAGUGUCGGAAGAUGAGGAGGAGACUGAUACCAAGGACAAAAUAAAAAAGACGCGAGACGUAUGGACCGAGGUAUACGUUGAGUCUAAAGGCAGCUGGAUAGCCAUAAACGUGAUGGACGGCAACGUGGAUUGUGUAGCCGAAGUGUAUAAAAAAGCGAACAAACCAGUAUUAUAUGUGAUUGCUUAUAAUUCGGAGGGAUUAAUAAAAGACGUCACGAGACGCUAUUGUCCACACUGGCUUUCUGUCACGCAUAAACAACGUAUCGAUGAGAAAUGGUGGACUGAGACCGUAAAGUACUGGCCGGAAAAAGAGACAACUAUAUCCAAACAAGAGGACGAACUGCUUCUGCAAAAAGAAUUAGAGCAGCCGUUACCUAAAACCGUUGGGGAAUGUAAAGGACACCCUUUGUAUGUGUUGGUCAGGCAUUUACUUAAAUACGAAGCGUUGUACCCGUCGGACUGUGUACCACUUGGACAUCUACAUAAUGGCGAGGCCAUUUAUUCGCGGUAUUGCGUACAUACGUUAUGUUCACGUGAAACCUGGUUGAAGAAGGCUCGUGUGGUUAAACCAAAGCAGGAUCCGUAUAAAAUAGUUAAAGCGCUUCCGAAAUACGAUAAGCUUUCAGGCAUGAAACUUAAGAACUCGGCAUUGGAAUUAUUCGGAGAGUGGCAAACCACGGAAUACGUUCCGCCAGAAGCCAAAAAUGGCAUCGUACCUCGCAACGAAUACGGGAAUGUAGACUUAUUUAAACAAUGUAUGCUCCCGAAGGGCACAGUGCAUAUAAAUCUUCCAGGAUUAAAUCGCAUCGCUCGAAAAUUGAAUAUAGAUUGUGCAUCCGCCGUGGUGGGUUUCAAUUUCGGAUGUAUGGGUGCUGUGCCAGCUAUCGAGGGCUUUGUCGUAUGCGCCGAAUACGAGGACACGUUACGAGAUGCUUGGGAAACGGAGCAGGUCGAGGCGGCUAAACGCGCUACCGAGAAAAGAGAGAAGAGAGUUUACGGCAAUUGGAGGAAACUUAUCAAGGGCUUGUUGAUUAGAGAGAAGUUGUCGCAAAAAUACGAGUUUCUGUCGGAAGCGAAAGCUGACCAGUCGAGCAAACGUCCUAAGCAACGAAAAGGAACCGUGAAGAAGUCCAAAAUGUAAUAAAACAUGUAUUACUGUUUAUACAUUAAUUAAGAAGUCCUUUUGGUUUAAUACGAAGCGUUAUUCGAGGCAGAAUUACGUUUCAUUUGAACUUUUAUAACUAAAUAGUCAUAUUGUAAAUAAUAUAAAAAUCAAAACCAAUCUUAUACCGUUAAAUCAUAAGAUGCCAAAUAAAGCUUCGUCUAUGAUACCAAG